CAUCUUAUCACACACACUGUUUUGAUCAAACUUGGAAAGAUUCUCCUUUAUGUUUUAAUUUGGCCAAUCUCUGUUUUUAAGUGGAAUUGGUCAGCAAUUGGACUUUGAUCUCUCAAUCAAUUUACAAACAAUGUAUCUACGACCGAAGACUGGUCUCCUUUGAAGAGAGUCAAACUCUCUCUCUCCCUCCUUUUCCUUUGGAUUCAAAAAUAUUCAGAGCUUUCUUUUAAAUUGCCUCCUUCAUCACCUGCUUCCUCUUCACGAUUCCCCAUCUCUUUUCUCCAUUUCUCUACUCGGAUUCAUAUCUUUUGCUCCUCUUUCACAAUACCCACUAGUGUAAAACUGUAAAGUCUCUGUUUUUUCAACUUUAUCUCACAACCCAUUUCAUAUCUUUGCUUUAAUUCUAACAUUAUAUUGUUUCCUCACCUUCCUUUGAAACUUUAAUGCUACCUUUCUGGUGUCAGCCUUAUAUAUGCAUUUCCUAGCUGUCUAGCAUUUGCUCAUAGCAUUACUCUUCUUCUUCUUCUUCUCCAACUUUGAGGACAUAAAUUUGGCAGUUGUGAUUAAAUGGAGAAUAUUGGGGAAUGGGAGCAGAAGAAUCUGAAAAAUGAGCUACUUAGAGGGAAGGAAUUGGCAAAGCAGCUCCAACUUUAUCUCAAUGUGCAACCCUCAUCAUCCAUGCCUGCUUCUCCUUCUGAAGAUGGUGAAUUAUUAGUUCAGAAAAUCUUAUCUUCUUAUGAAAAGGCACUCUCAUUUUUCAGCUCAACUGGGAUCCAAAUAUCUGAAUCUCCAUCAUCCCCUAAUGGAAGUCCAAGGAGUGAGGACUCUGACCGUGAAUUCAAGGACCAGGACCAGAGAAUUAAUGCUUCCCGCAAAAGGAACAGUCUUCCAACUUGGACACAGAAAUUUCAAGUUAGCCCAGGGAUGGCCCCUGAAGGCUCUCUUGAUGAUGGCUUUUGCUGGAGGAAAUAUGGUCAAAAAGACAUUCUUGGUGCCAAACAUCCAAGCAGAGGCUAUUACAGAUGCACGCACAAGAACCUCCAAGGUUGUCUUGCAACCAAACAAGUUCAACGCUCCGACGAUGAUCCGACCGUCUUCGAAAUCACGUACCGAGGAAACCAUACUUGCAGCCAAGUCACCAACCUCAGUCCUCCAUCAGCAGCACCCGAGUUUCAGCAACCAAACAGUAGCAAUAUUGAUCCAAAUUUGGUGCAAAAGCAGAGCCACUCUGUUCCUGACCAAAACCAGCAAAGUUCACCUGAUGCUCUCUUGAACUCUUGGGCAUCCCUCAGAGUCAUAACUGAAAAUCUUGACACUCAUGAACCAACAUUGUUUCCCGCUUUUAGUUAUGAUCCCACAUCAAGUUACAAGGCUGCAGACCAUGUCGAGUCGGCAUCGAUGACGGUUGGUGUGAACUUUGCCGAGUUUCCUCCUUCAUUUUUAUCCCCAACAACAUCUUGUUCUGGGUUGAGCUAUUUCUCUGCCUCCUCAGGUGGGUUGAGUGAAGGAUUUGUUGGGAAUCAGAAGUUGCAGGCAAACAAAUCUGAGCUUUCUUUUCCCUCACCAACUUCAGCUCUAAACUCUCAAACUCUUGGCUCAGAGUUCCCAUUUGGUGAGGUUGAAAUGGAGCCAAGCUUCACAUUUGACCACACAAAUUUCUUCUCCUAAUUCUCCUCGGUUCUAAACUCGAAC